AUGCAUAGACAAAAUUGUAUGAGUAAAUCUACAAAACGAAGAAGAUUAUUGGAAGAAACUGCCAAUUUAUUAGAAAACUGUCCUGAAAUUUCUCCAAUAACAAGUUCUUUAAAUGUGUGUGUUUCUAAUGUGUCUGAUGUGUUUCCGGAUGUGUCUAAUCCUGUAUCCAAUACCAAUAAUAACAUAAUAAAUAAAAUAUCAUCAAAUAAAGAAAUAAUUGAUAAUUUAGAACAAUUUACCAUGGACAAUUCAAAUUAUUGUGAAUACAGGGAUGAUAAUAGAAGUGAAACGUUUGAAAACUUUAAACAGUUAGAUAUGAAGAGGGAAUUAAGUAAAUGGGCUGUUGAGUAUGAUGUACCUAAUAGUACACUUUCAGGUUUAUUAAAAGUUUUAAAAACACAUGAUUGUUUUAGUAAUUUUCCCAGUGAUGCUAGGACUAUUCAUCAAACUAAUUCCAACACUACAUAUAGUCAGCCUAUACAAGUAAAAACGGUUUCACCUGGUAUAUACUAUCACUUUGGAUUAGCAAACGGAAUACAACAGUUUAUAGAUAAACGUUUUUCUAACGAAACCAUUAAAAUAGUAAUUGGAGUUGAUGGUCUGCCCUUGGCUAAAAGUUCAGGCAGUACUUUUUGGCCUAUCUUAGGUUAUAUAAGACAAUUUAAUCAAACUGUGUUUCCUAUAGGAAUUUAUUGGGGUCAUGAAAAGCCAGGGGACAGUAAUAUUUUUAUGAAUGAUUUCAUAGAAGAAGUUAGGGAUCUCAUUUUAAAUGGAAUUACUGUCAAAUUAUUUAAUAAAGAUAAACAGUUAGUUAGUUUAAAAAAAAUUGUUACUAUUGACGCAUUUUGUUGCGAUGUACCUGCUAAAGCAUUUAUAUUAAAAACAAAGGGCCACACUGGAUUUUAUUCUUGUUCCAGAUGUUCAGUACAGGGUACUUUCUUACUUCGACGUGUUUGCUUUCCAGAUUUAGAAUGUUCUAAAAGAUCUCAUCAAGAUUUUUUAAAUAAAAUCCAAGAACAAUAUCAUACCUCGGGUCAAAUUACUAAUAUAAUUAAUAUACCUGGUGUUGAUGUCGUUCAAAACUUUUCUAUUGAUUAUAUGCAUUGUGUUCUUUUGGGAGUAAUGAAAAAAAUGCUUAUGCUAUGGAAAGGAAGUGGUGAAAUUGGUAGAGUAGGUGUAAAUAAACAAAAAUUACCCUCCAACUUAGUUAAACAAAUAUCUAAUCGUCUAAUAUUAUUAAAAAAAUAUAUACCUUCUGAUUUUAGUAGAAAACCUCGGAGCUUAGAUGAGUUAAGCCGUUGGAAAGCAACUGAACUAAGGCAAUUUUUACUUUACACUGGACCUGUAGUGCUUUAUUCACUUGUGUCAAAAAAAAUGUAUUACAAUUUUCUUUACUUAAACAUUGCUAUGACUAUAUUCUUAAGUCCCAAUUUUAACCACCUUGCACUAUAUGCUCAGGCUUUAAUGGUAAAAUUUGUUAAACAGUUUGGUAAAUUAUAUGGUGAACAUUUUAUAUCUAACAAUGUACACUUUUUAAUUCAAUUAUAUGAUGAUUAUGAGAAAUAUGGUUCAUUAGAUCAGGUCAGUUGCUUUAAAUUUGAGAACUAUAUGAGUAAAUUAAAAAAAAUGGUUAGGAAAAAUGAAAAGCCUCUCCAACAAGUAGUUAAAAGGUAUAUGGAACAAUGUAACCUUCAGUGUGUCAAUGAAGAUGAAUAUAAUUUUAAUAAUGAAAAUAUUAAACCAAAGUUUGACAAAUUACUUACUGAAGGUCCUUUAAUUGGAGAGAUGACCUCACCACAAUAUAAAAUAUUAAUUUUGGAAAAAAUAAUUAUAAAAAUACAUUUUGAUUCUGAUUCAUAUGCAAGUGUUAACACCAAUGGAGAAACUGACAUCAUAAAGAUUGUAAAUAUUUGUUAUAAUUCUCAAUUAAAAAAAGAAGUUAUAUUAGGUAGAAAGUUUGAAACUGUAGAAUGUUUCUUUCGAAACCUAAUAAAAAGUUCCGACAUAGGGGUUUACAAAAUAAGCAAUUAUUCCAAAAAAGUAGAAAUAUGGAAUAUAGGUGAUAUAAAAAUUAAAUACGCUGUUUUACCGAUUGAUGCAAAUAUGUCGGUAGCUACACCAAUUAUUCAUUUUAAUAACUAA